CUGAACCCGAGGAAGGCGCAGCCACAUUAGAAGUGAUUUCACCGUGGGAGGCAGGGUGCCGGCAGGUGGUCAGGCGCUGGAGCUAUAAACUCCGGGAACCAGGAUGAGCGCCCUCCGCGCUGCAAUGGGAUUGCUGUUCCUGGGGAUGCUUCGAGCCUUUCCAAAGGAUCGACUACUCAUGACCACCUGUACCGGAGACGCCAGUUACUAUGCCGGGAGCUGCUGCCACCGUUGCCCCUCUGGGUUCUCUCCAACGCAGCCGUGCCCACAGGGUCCUGGCCACUGCAGGAAGCAAUGUGCUCCCGACCACUACGUGAAUGAAGAUGGGUACUGCACAGCCUGUGUGACAUGUUUGGAAGGUCUCGUGGAGAAGGCUCCGUGUUCCAGGAACUCUUCUCGAGUCUGUGAGUGUCAGCCUGGCACGUACUGCAAGACACCAGCUGUCAAUUCUUGUGCCCGCUGUUUCCCACACUCCCGCUGCUCUGGGGGCCAGGUCGUCAAGUUCCCAGGCACAGCAGAGAAGGACACCGUCUGUGAAUUGCCUUCAUCAGGACCUGUCCGUGAUUGUUCCAAUCCAGAUGACUGCAAGACACUUACUAGCCAUGCCACUCCUCAGGCCACACCUGACAGCAUGAGGGGCUUGACGACACAAGGGGGCACCGGCCUUGCCCAGGAAGAUGCUGCUGGGCUGCUGAAGGUUCCAGAGUCUCCCUCUUCCCAGGCAAGGGAGCCCAGUCCAGACCCAGAUAAGGCAGAGAUGAAUAUGAACUUGAAGCUGCCAUCUCCGGGGACUCUCCCUGACUUCAGCACCUCAGAAAACAGCGAGGAGCCUGCCAGUACUGCCUCCACCCUGAGCCUCCUGGCAGAUGCCCAGACCACCAGCAGAAUGCAGCCCACCUCUCCCUUGUCCACAGGAACACCGUUUCUGGAUCCAGGGCCCAUGCUCUUCUGGGCGGCCAUGGCCAUGCUGCUGCUUGGCUCCAGCUCCUUCUUCCUGUGUUACUGGAAGGCCUGCAGGAGGCGGAUCCAGCAGAAGUUCCACCUGGACUACAUAGCCCAGAACUUCCAGCCGAAGAUGGAGCAGGUGGAUUUCAGACCUACUGAAAAACCAGCUCAGCUGAAGAGAAGUGUGUCAACGACAGAUCCCAGCACGGGACACAAGCUGAGUCAGGUGAGCCCUCCAGCUGUGGAGACUUGUACCAGUGUUGGGGCAGCCUGCCUGGAGAGCCAACCACUGUUGGAUGACAGCACAGCUGGGAAUCCUUUGACCCCCAGGGAACCUCCAGAGCCCCGGGUAUCCACCACGGAACACACGAAUAACAGGAUUGAGAAAAUCUACAUCAUGAAGGCUGACACAGUGAUUGUGGGCUCUGUAAAGACGGAGGUCCCUGAGGGCCGGCCUCCAGCAGGAUCUACAGAGCCUGAGUGGGAAACUGAAUUGGAAGUGGACCACGCCCCUCACUACCCGGAGCAGGAGACAGAACCACCUCUGGGCAGCCGUACUGAGGUCAUGUUCUCAGUGGAGGAAGGAUGCAAAGAGGACCACGGGCCCACGACUGUCUCCGAGAAGUGAUGCCCAGUGUUAGCUGGGCUAGAGAGCAGCUGAGCGUACCGUACCUAGGAGAUCAGGUUAGCUCCAAGCUGGGAAGCUACUGUGUGGCUUGAACUAAAAGCCCCAGCAUCCAGUGGUAGCCCAGAAUGAAGCCUUCAGCUGCUGCCAAGAGCACUGGCCCCUGUACCCCAGGAGUGGGCACUCACUGUCAGGCUAGUGUCUGCUAAGGAAGAGGCCACCUUGUCCACACCCUUGUGCCCUGACUUCUCUCCCUGGGUCUCAAGUGAUGGCUUUACUGGCAUGCCACCAGCCUCCAGUUGCUGUACCCAUGGCUCCCUGCUGUCACAGAACCAGCACCUGUCGCUCCUACUCGUGAGGACCAGCCCUCUCUUGUCACCACUGGCCCGGGACAGCCUGCACCCAUCUCACAGAACUCUGCAUCACAGGGAGUCCACAAUAAGAGUCUCCCGGCCCAGCCUCCCUGGUCUGAAGCCUACAAAAUGGGCCAGGAGAACUCAUUAUCCUCAGAUGAUCCUAUCAUGAAGCCUUUUGGGACCCACAUAUCUUUGCCCCCCCAAGUAGCUUCAGUGACCUCCCUCCCCUCCCCCAGCGCUGCUAAAGGCUCUGCUUUGUCCACGGACUUCCUGUCACAUGGAGAUGGCAGUAUUGCUGUCCUGGGGGUCCUCCGCUCCCUGUGCCACCAUCUAUCCCACUCUAGAAGUGAAGAAGCAUUGUCCCCAAGCAACCAGGGUCAGGCCUGGCAUCUAGCACCCCUGCUGUAGCAGGUUGGAGUCUGCUUGUUGGAGGCAGCCCGGUCACACUGCUUGUCAUACUCUGUCCCCAUCAGGAGGACGCAAUACUGGGGGACACACCUGGAGUUCUGCUCUUAAUUUUCUUUUUUCCUUUUGAGGCGCUGGGAAUUGAACCUAUGGCCUUGAACAUGCCAGGCAAAUGUUGCAGGGGUGAUUUAUAUCCUCAGCCCCAAGCAUUUCACACUAAGUACUAGAGCUGCUGUGACUCCCAGCCUGGCCCGCUCCCAGGAACCUGCGGCCUCUUAGAACAAACAAGCGGCCGACUGGAUGACACAUCUGCUGGUCUGUGGCAGCCUGGGGACUCUGGACUUACCCUUGGGCCAGGCAGGGAGAGUUCUGUUUACUCACCAGCUGCUCACUCUUUUGGAGGAAGCUGGGGCCCUGUAAGGAAUCACAAGGGGAGUUUCUGAAACUGCCUGGAUCUCUGGGGGAAAGUUGGAGCAGCUGGAUGCCACCAGAAGCCUUAGACUAGGGUCUGGAUACUGGCCAGAAGGGAUGUGUGUAGGGGUUGGAUAGUUGCCCAAUUGCCUUGUGCAAGGACACAGUGGGUGUGUGGGCAUACACAGUGACCCUAAAGUCAUGUCAUGAUGACCACACGGAUGCCACACUCCUGAGUGGAAAAUAUGCCAAUCUCUCUCUCUCUCUCUCUCUCUCUCUCUCUCUCUCUCUCUCUCUCUCUCUCUCUC